AUGUCAACCGUUAUGAAAGUACGUCGAGGAGAAAUAUAUCCAAGUAAAACAGUUUCCUAUGUUCGUACAUGUUGGACAUAUAAAUCUUGGGGUAUGAUCAUUGGUGUUGUUACUUUUAUAUUGGUAUUAUCUGGUUUACAUAUUGGAUGGGAUUUUCCUAUAAUUAUUAAAAAUGGUCAUAUCUAUUAUCCAAUUUUAUUCUGUCUUGCACUUUUUUAUACAAUAACAAAUUAUCUUUUUGCAUCAUUACAUGAUCCUGGUAUUUUACCACGACCAAAUGCAGAUGAAACUCUUCAAGUCGAAAAAGAACAUAAUAUUCAAACUGAUUUAGAGGGAAAGUAUUUUCCAUCCAUGCCACCACCAACAACGAUACUCGUAAGAAAUUCUCCAUGUACAUCUAUGUAUUGUUAUACAUGUCGAGUUUAUCGUUUACCACGUGUUACACAUUGUUCAGUUUGUAAUGUGUGUGUUCAAAAUUUUGAUCAUCAUUGUCCAUGGAUUAACAAUUGCGUUGGUUUAUUAAAUCAUCGUUAUUUUUCGAAUUUUCUUCUUUCAUGUUCAUUACUUUGUAUUAUUACAAUCGCUGGUUGUGUUUUAGCUGCUUAUUUUCGAUGGGAUAUCUAUAAAGACCAAUCUGGUCUUUUCUUUGCAUAUAAUAUUCCAAGUUUUUUCAAUGGCUUUGUUGGUCUUUGUCUUGCACUUUCACUCUUUCCAUUUUGGUGUAAUCAUUGUGGAUUAGCGAUGAAUGAUGUAACAACAAAAGAAAAUGUAAGACAUCGAAAAGGUUCAGAAGAUAAUGAAUUUUCUACUGGUUCACGAUGUCAAAAUUUAAUUCAAUCUUGGUGUGGUCCAUUACGACCAUCAGUCGAUUGGAAUGCAUUAUAUGAUGAAGAUCAUUAUAGAAAACAAGAAGAAAUAUAUAAAAGAAUUCGUCCAACACUAUUAAGCAAUACACUUGCAGUACCAAGACAAAACAUAAAAGAACAUAUUCAAAGUUUAGCGUUCAAGAAUUAUUUUGGUCUACAUCAACAAGUUGAAGGUUUUUAUCGAACAAAUAAAAAAAUUUCACCUGUUGAACGAACAAAUAUUUCAACAUUUUGGAAUACAAUAUGGCUUCGUAAUGUAUUAUCUAUUGUAAUGCUUUAUGAGAUAAAUGAAAAUAAUUCCUUUAUUCAAUAUUGGCCAGAUGAAAAGAAUCCAUCAAUGAAGGUUAAUGAUAAUUAUCAAGUAGAUUUUAUUCGUACUCUUAAACGAUUAGAUAUAGUAACAUCUCAAUUCAAAAUACAGAAAAUUGGUGAAAAUGAAACUCGUAUGAUUGAACAUUUUCAAGUUAAAAAUUGGACUGAAAAAACAUUUUCAUUGGAUCCUAUUGCUCUUGUACGUCUUCAAUAUAAUAUUGAUAAUCGAGAGAAAGAAGAAAGAAUUCAUGAUACAAAUCGAGGUAUUAUUGCUAUACAUAGUUGUGAAAUUAAUACACGAGCAUUUGCGUAUAUGACUAUUGAUAUAAAUCGAUAUUUAUUAAUACAAUAUACUUAUAUAAAUGUACUCAAUACAAUAACUCGACUUAAUGAACAAUUACCAAUAUGUUUAAUCAAUGAUCAUGUGUUAAUAAUUGUUUAUACAGUAAUACUUCAGCUUUCAACAUGGAUUUGUCCGUCUAAUAUAAUAACACUACAAGGUUUAAAUCAUGAAGUUCAUAGAAUACUUCAAAAUGCAUUUCAAGGAUACUUUCAUAAUUCAUUAGUGGAUUUGUUUCAAGUAAGUUAUUAA